GGAUGCCGCUGCCUACGUCUCGUGUGCCUGUUGUGCAUCCUGGGGGCACCGGGUCAGCCUGCCCGAGCCGAUGACUGCAGCUCUCACUGUGACCUGGCUCACGGCUGCUGCGCGCCGGAUGGUUCCUGCAGUCUGAUCCAGGGAUUCUGAAACAUCACUCCUCAAGACACUUGGCGAGAGAGACCCGGACCAUGGCGGAGUCUGGGAUCCGGAGCUGUGAGGACAGGGGGCGAGCGGAUAAAGGACAGUGAGAGGAAAUGGUGGAGUGGGGAAGAGAGGCUGGGGUGGAGAGUGUGGCUGAGAAGCACUUGUGAUGGAAGAGACUCUGUGGAGAGCCUCCGAGUGACUGAGUCGCUGGGGUGGGGGCUGGGCAGAUUCUAGCAGGAGCACGCUCUGGGCAGAAGGAAGGGAGGUUGCUCAGUUAGCUGGGGUGUCUGAGGCUAAGGAGGGUUCAUUCUUCAAAAUGUUCAUAGAAAUGGAAUUAGAAUUUUUUGUGCAAAACCGGUUGAAAACCAUACAUAAAUUUUUCAUUAUAUACAUUUUCCAUGAACUUAAAAAAAAAAACUGUCCUCACACAUCCUUGGAAGGCUUUAAAGAAAUGUCAGCUGUUGUCCCCGGAAUUGGGCUGGGAAGAUAGUCCGAUGGCCUUUGAAAGUCCUCUUUUUUAAAAGAUUUAUUGAUUUAUUUGAAAGGCAGAAUUACAAAGAGGCAGAGGCAGAGAGGUCUUCCAUCCACUGGUUCACUCCCCAAAUGGCCACAAAGGCUGGAGCUGGGCUGAUCUGAAGCUGGGAGCCAGGAACUUCUUCCAGGUCUCCCACGUGGGUUCAGGGGCCCAAGGACCUGGGCCAUCUUCCACUGCUUUCUCAGGCCAUAGCAGAGAGCUGGAUUGGAAAUGGGGCAGCUGGGACUUGAACUGGUGCCCAUAUGGGAUUCCGGCACUGCAGGCAGCGGCUACACCGCAGCACUGGGCCUGGAAGUCCCUCUUUAUAAACGUUUGGGGGUACCCUGGGAAGGGUCCUGAUGGCACCUUUUGCUUCCCCAGCACAACCCCGCCAGGUGUAUCCCUGAAUCCCAGAUUGAGAAAAUGGGGGUUCAGAAAGGUUAGAGUACAGAACAAGGACUCGAACGGUGGCAUCUGAUGGUCUGAUUGCACAUCCAUGUCCAUGAUGUUCCACAACCCUACACCUACCUGGGACAAGUCUGUGUUUCCCUCGGAGCGGUCGGAUGCCCUCCGGGUUUCUAGAAGCUCGACUCCUGCCUCUCUGCCCUCACAUCCACUGCCCAGAGUCCAGACCUUGUGCCUCUCCCCAUCAGGUGUGACCCGGGCUGGGAAGGGCUGCACUGUGAGCGCUGCGUGAGGAUGCCUGGCUGCCAGCACGGGACCUGCCACCAGCCCUGGCAAUGCAUCUGCCACAGCGGCUGGGCAGGCAAGUUCUGUGACAAAGAUGAGCACGUCUGUACCACGCAGUCCCCCUGCCAGAACGGAGGCCAGUGUGUGUAUGACGGGGGCGGGGAGUACCACUGUGUGUGCCCGCCGGGCUUCCACGGGCGUGACUGUGAGCGCAAGGCUGGGCCCUGUGAGCAGGCAGGCUCCCCGUGUCGGAACGGCGGGCAGUGCCAAGAUGACCGGGGCUUCGCUCUCAACUUCACCUGCCGUUGCCUAGCGGGCUUUGUGGGUGCCCGCUGCGAGCUGAACGUGGACGACUGCCUGAUGCGGCCUUGUGCUAAUGGUGCCACCUGCCUGGACGGCAUCAACCGCUUCUCCUGCCUCUGUCCCGAGGGCUUUGCUGGACGCUUCUGCACCAUCAACCUGGACGACUGUGCCAGCCACCCCUGCCAGAGAGGGGCCCGCUGCCGGGACCGCGUGCACGACUUCGACUGUCUCUGCCCCAGCGGCUACGGUGGCAAGACCUGUGAGCUUGUCUUACCUGUUGCAGAGCCCCCCACCACAGCGGGCACCCCUCUAGGGCCCAGCUUGGCAGCGGUGGCACCGGUCACGGGGCCAGCUCCCCGCAGCGCAGGUGCGGGGCUGCUGCGGAUCUCGGUGAAGGAGGUGGUGCGGCGGCAAGACGCUGGCCUGGGGGAGUCCAGUCUGGUGGCGCUGGUGGUAUUUGGAGCCCUCACUGCUGCCCUGGUCCUGGCCACCAUGCUGCUGACCCUGAGGGCCUGGCGCCGGGGUGUGUGCCCCCCGGGACUCUGUUGCCACCCUGCCCCGCACUAUGCCCCACCGUGCCAGGACCAGGAGUGUCAGGUUAGCAUGCUGCCCACAGUGCUCCCCCCGGCGCCUGAGCUGCCCCCUGAGCCUGGAAAGACCACAGCACUGUGAUGGAGGCGGGGGCUUCCCGGCCCCCUUCCUCACCUCCUCCGCCCCUCAGCUCCCCAUACACAUGCUUAGGGGACUUCAGCCUCAUACCAGAAAUAUAUUAUUUUUUUAAUACACAGAAUGUAAGAUGGGAAUUUUAUCAAAUAAAAAUAUGAAAAUGCAA